CGAACAAACUGACAGUUGCGCUGUCAAAUCAAAUGUCAAUGGGUUUCGUCGGAAAGUUUUCGUGUUACAUCAUUUAAGAAAAACAAAUUUUCUAACAAAAAUAAUAUAAAUAAUUAAAUAUAAUUCCUAAAAAUAAACAAUUAUCAUAGAAAUUUAAGUGCUGUUGCCAUUUCAACUUGGUUUGGAAGCCAGCAACAGCAGUGAGUAUCUGAAAAACUUAAAAAAUACUAACAAAAAUACAAUGACCGAAGAAUCAAACAAUCAGUUUUAAUAGAACUUUAGUUUUAUUUACCCAACCCCAUCAAAAUAAAAAUCAACUAUAAUCAGACUUUACAUUGAUUUGGUGUUAUCAGCUUAGCUACAAAAUUUUAAGUCAAAGAACUAUAAAAUAUAUUUUAUUCAUUUAAUCAUAUUUGUAAGCAAACAAAACAAAAAAGCCAGAUAAUUUCUUUUGCAUAUUAAAAAACAACCAUUUAUUUUCGUAAAUAAUGGCGGCCUAUUUGAAUCGUACACUUUCUGUGGUCACUGGUAAUGGCGGCAACGCCGGUAACACUUCUUCCAAUACACACAAUAAAUCAUUAAAUUACGAUCCGACUGCGUUGAUGUCCGAAAAUCGCACAAUGCACAUCAAUGCUGAUAAAUCACCCUUACAGGUCUUUGUUAGAGCCAAAAAGAAGAUCAAUGAUAUUUACGUUGAAAUCGAGGAAUAUGUCAAUGAAACAACACAAUUUAUUAAUGCCCUACAUGCUGAAGCCGAUAUUGUCGAUAAAGCUGAACGUGAACUGUUUGAAAGUUAUGUGCUUAAAGUAUCUGGUAUACGCGAGGUAUUGGCUCGCGAUCACAUGAAAGUAGCCUUCUUUGGUCGUACCUCAAAUGGCAAAAGUUCCGUAAUUAAUGCCAUGUUACGUGAGAAAAUUUUACCCAGUGGCAUUGGUCAUACAACAAAUUGCUUUUGCCAAGUAGAAGGCAGUGACAGUCACGAAGCUUAUUUAAUAAAAGAAGGUUCUGAUGAAAAACUUAAUGUGGUGAAUAUUAAACAACUGGCCAAUGCUUUGUGUCAAGAAAAACUCUCCGAAAGUUCCUUGGUGCGCAUUUUCUGGCCCCGCGAACGUUGCAGUCUUUUGCGUGAUGAUGUCGUCUUUGUCGAUUCUCCUGGCGUAGAUGUUUCUGCUAAUCUAGAUGAUUGGAUUGAUAAUCACUGUUUGAAUGCCGAUGUCUUUGUGUUGGUCUUAAAUGCUGAGUCCACCAUGACCAGAGCUGAAAAGCAAUUCUUUCAUACAGUAUCACAAAAACUUUCAAAACCCAAUAUUUUCAUACUCAAUAAUCGUUGGGAUGCUUCGGCCCAUGAGCCAGAAUCUCAAGAAUCGGAGCUUGAAAAGGUUAAAAUCCAGCAUACAGAACGUUGUAUUGAUUUUCUCACUAAAGAGUUGAAAAUCACCAACGAAAAGGAGGCAGCCGAACGUGUAUUCUUCGUUUCAGCACGUGAAGCUCUACAGGCCCGCAUUGAGGAAGCUAAAGGCAAUUCUCCCAGUCAAGGUGCCCUGGCUGAGGGCUUCCAAAUGCGUUAUUUUGAAUUUCAAGAUUUUGAGCGCAAAUUCGAAGAGUGCAUUUCAAAGAGUGCCGUUCAAACUAAAUUCGAAAAACACAGUUCUCGUGGAAAAACCCUUUCCGGAGAUAUGCGUUCUAUGCUGGACAAUAUUUUCGAACGCAUUACCAUAUUCCGUAAUUUGAAAGUGGAUCAAAAGACUUUACUCACGGAACGUAUUCAGGGUACCGAAACGGAAAUGAUGAAUGUUACACGUGAAAUGAAAUUGAAAAUACACAAUAUGGUCGAAGAGGUUGAACAGAAGGUGUCAAAGGCUUUGAAUGAGGAAAUUUGGCGUUUGGGUGUUUUGAUUGAUGAAUUUAAUAUGCCCUUCCAUCCGGAGCCUUUGGUUUUGAAUAUCUACAAAAAAGAAUUGAAUGGUCAUGUUGAGGCAGGUUUGGGUUCGAAUCUGCGGGCUAGAUUGUCAAUGGCUUUAGCGAUGAAUGUGGAGGCAGCACAAAGAGAAAUGACGGAACGUAUGCAUGCUUUACUACCCAAUGAAAAACUAAUCCCUCCCACUAAAAUUGUUGCUCGUUCCCAGCCUUUCGAAAUGUUGUAUUCAUUGAAUUGUCAGAAUUUAUGUGCAGAUUUUCAAGAGGAUUUAGAAUUUAAAUUCUCCUGGGGCAUAACAGCCAUGAUACAACGUUUUACUGGUAAAGUAAGAGAGCGCAAUAACUAUAAGAAACAACCAGCCAUAAUGAAUCGUCAAGGCAGUGUUGUGCAAAAUCCUAUAUCACCAAUUUCACCAGUUGGUGACACACCAUUGUGUCUUAUACCCACACCAGUGGGUAAUAUUACCCAAGAACAAUUAUCGAUAAUAUCACGUUUUGCAUUGACCUCAAUUGGAUCUCAAGGCACCGUGGGUGGUCUUAUAGUGGCUGGCAUUAUGUUGAAAACUAUUGGCUGGCGUGUGUUAGUGGGUGUUGGUGCUUUGUAUGGUUGUAUUUACUUGUAUGAACGUCUUUCCUGGACCAAUUCGGCCAAGGAAAGAGCUUUUAAGGCUCAGUAUGUGCGUCAUGCUACCAAGAAAUUGAAAAUGAUUGUGGAUUUAACAUCAGCCAAUUGCAGUCAUCAAGUGCAACAGGAAUUAUCUAGCACAUUUGCUCGCCUGUGUCGUACCGUUGAUACGGCCACCACCGACAUGAAUGAAGAGUUAAAAACCCUAGAAGGUCAAUUGGCCAUUUUGGAAGCGAAUCAAAAACAAUUGAAAUUAUUACGCAACAAAGCCAAUUACAUACAAAAUGAAUUGGAAAUAUUUGAAAAUAAUUAUAUAGCAUCGAAUUAGUCCACAAACAAGAAUCCUUCUUAACUAGAUCAUAAGGUCAAUGGUGUAAAUGUGGAGAUAACUAUUUCAUUUACAAACUUUGUGUGUAAAUUUAAUAGAUUCGAACAUCUUUUUAAAGGCAUUAUUUAAAAGAAUGUAUUGGCUCUGGACAGUAAUUAAUUACGAAUAAACUCUUAGAUUAUUUGCAUGAAUUUCGAACUAUAGAUUAUUGAGAGAUAAAUAAAAACAAUUCAGCAAUUUGAGAAAAUGUAACAUUUAAAAUUUUGUUAAUUUCCAAUAAUGCUUUAUGUUGAUCAAACAUUUUAUAAUUUAAUUGUGUUGCUUCAUAUUCUGACAUAUUGUGUAUUAUUUUUUUUUUUUUUUUUAAUUUAAAUAUUUUGCAUCUAAA